CUCAGUCUCCUGGGUAGCUGGAACCACAGGUGCCCGGGAAUUCUUAACAUUGCUUAACGUCCAGUCCUUCCGCUCUGUGAUAAUUACAUAUACACAUCCUUUAAAAAUUAGGGUCAUACUGGAUGUGUAGGUUGCUUAAUAAUGUUUCGAGAAAGACAUAGUUGCGCGUAGUUCUUCAUCGAUGUGUGCUCCCUCUCAGAAAGCGCGGGAACCGGAGCCGCAACCUGGAAGGGCCGGCAACCGCAGCAGCUUUGCGUAAGAUAAACGAUAUCGUGGUCCCGAAGGGAAACACGCCUAGGACACAGGUUCAACGGUUCAUGUAGACCUCCCAGCAACCCGCAGCGCCACGCUGCGCGGGCGCACUCUCCUGGGCUGGCGGAACCCCGCCGGCGAGGCUACUACGCUUGCGUCAGCCAUGAAAAGCGGAAGCGGAAGACUGGACGCCUCGCUGGGCACCUCAGCAACCAGUAGCCAUGCGCGGCUUGGAGAAGCCAGGGCCUCGGCCUACAGCGAACUUGUGCGGCUGCGUGAAGCCGGCUCUGGAGACAGGGAAUAUUUUAACUGAGCCAAUUGGCUACUUGGAAUCCUGUUUCUCAGCCAAGAAUGGUACUCCAAGACAGCCAUCCAUUUGUAGCUAUUCUCGAGCCUGUUUGAGGAUUAGAAAGAGCAUCUUUAAUAAUCCUGAACAUUCCCUGAUGGGCCUAGAACAGUUUUCUCAUGUUUGGAUUUUGUUUGUUUUUCACAAGAAUGGUCAUUUGAGCUGUAAGGCAAAAGUGCAGCCGCCUAGGCUGAACGGUGCGAAGACUGGAGUUUUUUCCACAAGGAGCCCUCAUCGCCCCAAUGCAAUAGGAUUGACUCUGGCCAAGCUGGAAAAGGUAGAAGGUGGAGCUAUAUACCUUUCUGGAAUUGACAUGAUACAUGGCACACCCAUACUAGACAUCAAGCCCUAUAUAGCUGAGUAUGACUCACCACAAAAUGUGAUGGAGCCUUUAGCAGAUUUUAAUUUACAGAAUAAUCAACAUAAACCAAAAACUGUGUCCCAGUCUGACGGCAAGACUGACAGCUGUGACCAGCGACAGCUCUCAGGGUGUGAUGAGCCACAACCCUACCAUGGCACUAAGGAGAAACCUAAAUGUCCUGAAGACAGGACUUCAGAAGAAAACUGCCUGACACACAGUGACACAGCACAAAGUCAGCAGGCAUUCCCUAUGCACAGGGAGAUCACAGCGGAUUUUGGUUUGGAAUCAAGAAGUGAUCAGAGUUCCAGCGUGGCAGAAGAGCAAAUUGGCCCAUAUUGCCUGGAGAAGAGCUUUUUAGAGGAAGGUACAGAUAAGAAGCUAGAAAGAGUGGAAGGAGCAGCAGUCCUGCAAGGAAGCAGGGCGGAGACACAGCCCAGGGCUCCUCACUACCCUGCUGGAAGGGCUGAUGGAGCUCCCCACAGCGUGGUUCCUGCCUGGGUGAGAGAGGCCCCUGUGGCCACUUUAGAAGUGCGGUUUACUCCUCAUGCUGAGAUGGACCUUGUGCAGCUCAGUUCACAAGGUGAGCCAGAUGUUGGUCAGGCAUCAUUUAAAUAUUUUCAGUCAGCCGGGGAAGCAAAGCGUGCCAUUGAGGCUGUGCUGUCAGCGGACCCUCGGUCUGUGUACCGCCGGAAGCUUUGCCAGGACCGCCUUUUCUACUUUACUGUAGACAUAGCGCAUGUCACUUGCUGGUUUGGUGAUGGUUUUGCAGAGGUUCUGAGAAUCAAGCCGGCUUCUGAGCCUGUUUAUAUGACUGAGCCUGUGGGGUCCUUGGUGUCUCUAGGGUCUUAAGGAGCCUCUGUCAUGUCUUUAAGAUAGCAUCAUUUAUCUUUGGUUGUGGCUUUUGGAUUUUCCGAAGAAGCUAACGUACCGAGAAGCAACACUUUGUGAUCUCGCUGCUUUCAUUGAUUUGGGCUGUUCAAAAUGUUUAUUUGAAAAAUGCAUACUUUAAUAAACUAAGAGAUAGAAAAUACAGAGAAAUCAUUCUGAAGAAGCUAAUGUACCGAGAAGCAACACUUUGUGAUCUCACUGCUUUCAUUGAUUUGGGCUGUUCAAAAUGUUUAUUUGAAAAAUGCAUACUUUAAUAAACUAAGAGAUAGAAAAUACAGAGAAAUCACCGAAUGCUUUUUGAUCUGUUGAUAUUAAAGAAUCCAAAGGUGAUGCUGUCUUGAAAAUUUCUGAAAGAAGCUUUUCUUGGUGUAUUUGAUAAAAUUAGACAAAGGUCAUUCCAGCAGAAACUUUGAAGUUGAGGGGAUCUGUUCAACAAUUCAUAUUGGUUUUCCUGUCUGUCUGGAAAAGCCUAACCUUUCUAUUUUAUUCCAAAUCCGACCUAUAUCUUAGGAAACUAACAAAUCAAAAACAAGCAGUUAAGAGAUAGUUUUUGAGAUUAAAUUUCUGUAUUUCAGAGACUUUGUGACAUACACACAUAUGUAUAUGUAUGCAUAUUUAAUACCGAUUCUAAAAUAGAGACUCUCUGAGAUUUCUUUGGCUGUCUUUGUAUCAGAAAGGGAAACCACCCCCAGAAGUUCAAGAAAAUAAUUACUGUUUUUUAAUAUACUCACUCUGUGACUAUUUAUUGAGAACCUACUAUGGACUAGGUUUUGGUGAUAAAAUGAGAUGAACAAGGUGUUCUUGUUGCAAGUCAUGGUUAGUGGAAUAAGUAAGACAUAAACAAAUUACUGUAUUACAGUGUGAGAAAUACAGUAUUACAGUGUGAGAAAUACAGUAAUUAUAUGUGGUUCCUCUGUAGUACCACAUAGGAAGCAGUUGUAAGAAUGUAUUGCCUAUAGGUGAUUUUAAUGAUGUGAUCCCAGAUAACUGAGGAUUUAUGAUCAA